UUGUCUCUUUCUAACUUAUUGCAACAGUGCAUCUAAAAAGAACAGACCCACUGUGAUUCCUCAAAUAAUUGGAGAAGGUUAUGAAGUUCAUAUUUACUUCUCUCUCGUAAAAUAAUACUUUUAUUAAAGAAUUGAAGAAUUAAUUAUGGAAAAUCAACCAUUAAAUUCAAUCGAAAAGCCGCCACCGUAUUCCACCGUAACGGCUUCAGCACCUCCGACAGUAGUGAAUAUAUCAUGCCAACCACCUCCUGGAUACUAUCCUAGUAAUACUGAUACUGGUUAUCAAGGAAGAUCUGUCCCAUCAUAUGGUUCUACAGCAAUCAUUGUUCCAGAAAUUAUUUUAGUUGGUGGUUGUCCUGCGUGCAGAGUAGGUGUGAUGGAAGAUGAUUAUACAUGUCUUGGUCUACUAUGUGCGAUUCUCUUUUUUCCCAUUGGAAUUAUUUGUUGUAUGCUACUAAAGACGAGACGCUGCUCGAAUUGUGGAGCUUAUUUUGGUUAACUAAAAAUAGAAUGUGUAUACUUGUAAAAAACAAAAUUUCAUCUCAAGUACAUUUAAAAAGGAGAUAUUUUAUUAUAAGUGAUAUUAUAAGUGAUAAGGACUUAAUGUUAAAUCAGAAUAUAUUUUUAUAGUAUAUAAGUGAUAAAGGGGGACUUAAUGUUAAGUCAGAAUAUAUUUUUA